AUGGUCCGGAAACUGAAGUUCCACGAGCAGAAGCUCCUCAAGAAGACUGACUUUAUCACAUGGGAGGUUGAUCAGAAGAAUCGGCAAGCCGACAUGAUGCGCAAGUACCACGUGACGAAGCGCGAGCACUACGCCCUCUACAACCGCUUGGCAGACAACGUGCGGACCAUCGCGUCGAAGCUGAAAGAUUUGCCGCAGGGAUCGGCGUACCGAGAACAGAAAACCAAAGAGCUGCUCGCCAAGCUUUAUUCGCACGGGUUGAUUGCCUCUGCUGAUACACUGGAAAAGUUGUCUGGAAUCAGCGGCUCUUCUUUUGCACGACGGCGGCUGCCCUGUGUGAUGAAGCGCACGGCGAUGGUGCCGAACGUACGACAAGCCAGCGAUCUCGUCGAACAAGGCCACGUACGCGUCGGAGCCAAGCUCGUCACCGACCCCGCAUUUAUGGUUACACGAGCACAGGAAGACAUGAUCACAUGGUGCCGCACGUCGAAGAUUCGCGCCCAAGUGCUCGCCUACAACGAUCAACUCGACGACUUCGACCUUGCA